GGGAUGUGACUAUAAGUGUGAUCCAUGAUGUACAUAUACAUUUACGUAGUAGCUGUACUGCCACCAUACUGUACAUACCUUAAAUCUCCGAGUACAUUCUUCAUACUCUGAUAUCCUAUACCUCAUACCUUAUCGCAUACCCAUACCCCACACUCAAUACCUCGUAUAGCUCUUACUCCACUAACCACUCCAUACUCCAUACCCCAUAUACCCCAGGACGAGCCCACCUCCGGGGUGGAUCCCGUGGCCCGUCAGUUCCUGUGGUCGAUCAUCAGAGGUGUGGCCAGCGCUGGUCAGUCGGUCCUCCUCACCACCCACAGCAUGGCUGAGUGUGAGGCCCUGUGUUCUCGAGUGGGUAUCAUGGUCAACGGGUCGUUCUGUUGCCUCGGGACACCGCAGCAACUCAAGAGUCGCUACGGAGACGGGUACAGACUGAAGCUGCGAGUGAGCGGAGAGCUGGAGCCAAUUCAGGAGUUCAUCAGACAACACUUCCCUCAUUCCGUCCUCAAGGAGAAGCAUCUGAACACUCUGGUCUACCAGCUCCCACCUACCGGUCUCAAACUCUCCGAGGCCUUCAGGGACCUGGAGAGAGGCAGAGAGACACUGGAGAUACGAGACUACUCUCUGAGUCAGACUACACUGGACGAUGUGUUCAUUCAUUUUGCCAGUCAGCAGAGCGAGGAACAGUCGCUGGCUGGAGAGGAGGAGGAGGAGGAGGAGAGGAGGGUGGGGCACUAUGGCCCACUCCCAGAUAUUGUAACCCAUUCUAGAGGGGGUGUGAGGUAUACAGUUGUGAAGGAUGAUGUCACCAUUACCUAAUCUCUCAUCACAUGACCACCACCAACGCCACUACCUCUCUGCUUUUUAAAACCUGAACAAUACAUGUUUACUAAUCAACUUGUGGAAACUUGCACUUUUUUCACUUUCAUUUAUUUAUUCAUUAUUCCAAGCACAUAAUUGUUGUAUACCAUAGAUUUUUUUUCUACGUCAUUCUUUAUCCCUGUG